ACAGUCUCACCAGUUUGGACCAGAACAUACGGAGAGAGAAAAAACGCUGGCUACGUGAUAGCAAGAAGGCGCUUAACGUCGGGCUAGCAACAAGAUCGUGGACAAACCUAAACGCCACCACGGAUUUUUUAUGGGACAAACGCACAGGCCUCGCUGCGAAAACGAUGCCUCACAAUAGACGAUACACAUCUUCAGAUAGAGAUAGCCGAACCAGCUAUCAAGACAGAUACAGAGACAGAGGACGAAGACAUCGACACAGAAGAUCACCUACUAACUCCUCUGGUAGUGACAGAGACCGUGACAGAAGGGGGCGAGGGCACAGGCAAGAAGGAAGCUAUCUACGCUCAAGGAGUCGCAGCUAUGACAAUCGCUCAACAGAACACCGACCGUUUGACAGAAGAUACUAUGAAGGAUACAGACGACUGGACCAGAGUCGCGAACGAGACCGGGACAGGGAACCACACGGAGCAGCCGAAAGCUAUUAUCCUCGAGAUUUCUCCCCAAACCUGUACGACUACCGACAUGGCCGCGAGAGAGAGCGCGACCGGGAUGACUCGUACCGGCGGAAAGGCAGCAGGCGUAAGCACAAACGAAGGCGGCGUAGAACCAGGUCCUAUAGCCCCUCUUCCUCGCACAUGGACUUGCGGAGCGGCAGUCGGACGCGAGCAAUGAGUGUGAGGGACGACGAGGAAGGGCACCUGAUCUGUCGGAGUGGGGACGUCCUGCAAGAGAGAUACGAGGUUGUCAGCACUUUGGGCGAAGGCACUUUUGGGCGGGUGAUGCGGUGCAUUGACCAUCGCAGGGGAGGAGCCGAUAUAGCUCUGAAAAUUAUCAAGAAUGUUGAGAAAUACAAGGAAGCAGCUCGACUGGAGAUUAACGUUCUAGAGAAGAUAAAUGAAAAAGAUCCGGAGAACCGAUUCUUGUGUGUACAGAUGUAUGACUGGUUUGACUACCACGGUCAUAUGUGCAUCUCUUUUGAGCUGCUAGCUCUGAGCACGUUUGACUUUCUGAAGGAAAACAACUAUCUACCCUAUUCAAUUGGUCAAGUCAGGCAUAUGGCCUACCAACUCUGUCUUGCUGUGAAAUUUCUUCAUGACAAUAAGCUCACCCACACAGAUCUGAAGCCAGAAAACAUCCUGUUUGUCAACUCAGACUUCACAAUGACCUAUAAUGUAGAGAAGAAAAGAGAAGAGCGAACUGUGAAAAGCACAGCAGUACGAGUGGUGGACUUUGGCAGUGCCACUUUUGACCACGAGCACCACAGCACCAUUGUGUCCACCAGGCAUUACCGUGCCCCGGAGGUGAUAUUAGAGCUGGGCUGGAGUCACCCCUGUGAUGUCUGGAGUAUUGGCUGUAUCCUGUUUGAGUACUACCUGGGCUUCACCUUGUUUCAGACUCAUGACAACAGAGAGCAUUUGGCCAUGAUGGAAAGAAUCCUGGGUCCAGUACCCUCUAGGAUGAUUCGUAAAACCAGAAAACAGAAGUAUUUCUAUCGUGGACGACUAGAUUGGGAUGAGACCUCGUCAGCAGGGAAAUAUGUCAGAGAGAACUGCAAACCAUUAAGGCGGUACCUGCUCUCAGAGGCAGAGGAGCACCACCAGCUAUUUGACCUCGUUGAAAGCAUGCUGGAGUAUGAGCCCACCAAGAGGCUGACGCUGUCUGAUUCCCUCAAACACCCGUUCUUCGAGAACAACGGCACCGGCGAGGCAGCAGGCAGCAAGAACUGGGAAGGCAACCGGGACAUCAGCCGGUGACCCUUGCACUUCAGAGACUGAUUGAUAGGGAGAUCAAGUUGUUUUCGAUUUGGAAGAUCUGAACUGUUAAAUAAACUUGGUCCGGAGUUUUGGUGGGAGUUAUCAUAAAAGCAUGGACACCUUAACUUUCUGCUCCUCCAGCUCGAGCCUCUCCUCUUCAUCUCUGCCCGCACAAGUGGCAUGUGUUUUUGUUUUUGCAGCAGAGAGACCAAAAUAACCAGUAAAAACUGGAGAAGAGUGUAAUAUUUUUUAGUCAUCACAGCCCAAUAACACUGAAUAAAAUUUAAGAUGGAAGAUUUUUUACCCAAAGUAGGCCUCUAUGCAGCUUCUGUCUUCCUAUCGACCUGGGAACACCUUUCUCCUUUUCCGUCUGACGAAAAUGAUACCUCAGGAAGGAAAUGAUCCUAUCUACACUCAGUCUUUAAAACACAGAUCAGUUUGGAAGCAGAAAUCUCUCGCAGUGCUGAAGUCCAAGAAGGGGGUAAAAAGGAGAUGGAGCUGUAUAUCCAGUAAAAGUUUUCACCCAUAAACUUUUCCUUUCUAAGAGCAAAUAAUAUAAACAGAAUAUCUGUGUUCUUUGGAUUCUGCAGCACAGACAUGUAUUUAACAUUGUUAAUGAGCCAUUGCUUUGCAUACUUUAAUAUUUUAUGUCUAAAAGAGUUUCCCCCGAUGAAAACUGACCCAGUUGGUGGGUCGCUCUUAUUAAGACAACGGCGUUGGACACUCCACUUAUAUUGGCCUCACUGUAGCCUGACUUCUGUGAUACCCGUUUGUUUUGUUAUGCGUUUUCUAAGUGCGAGUGUGUGUUUGUGUGUGCUCGUGUAUACUGAUGUGAAUGGGAUGGGUGAUGCGUUCAUGCUCCGUCGUUAAGUUGAACAUUAUUCAUGGGGUCGUUCUCAUUUAAAACAAAACUGCCUUUUCCACGUUUCGCAUAAGAAGUCUUUACAUUAAGGUUAAGCCCACAGGUCCUGUUAAUGGUAUUUAUUUUCCAGUUCCUAUAGGUCAUAGUCCCCAUUAUCCUCCUGAAUGUGACUUUGUUUUGUAUGAAAUGAAAGCGUAUAAUGCUGUAUAUAUGUAUUAUUGUGUAGAAUUAAAGUCUCCUUUGCCAAAGUUUA